GCCCGUGCCAGUGUAGUGGUGUCAGGUGUCAGCCAGUCAGCUAUUCGAAUAAUCAAGUAUCCAAUUUUAAAAUAUAAUUGAAAAGUGUAUUGUUAUGGAUAGAAACAGGAGCAAAGAUGCGUCGGAAGGAAUUGCUCCAAUGGGCAUCACGGCACUCAAUGAGACUGUGCUGAGCAACCAGCCAGAGUCGCGCUAUGAAUGUCCUGUGUGCCUCAACUGGCUACGAGACCCUGUCAUCACCACCUGUGGUCACAAGUUCUGCAAGAGUUGCAUUACUUCUUGGCUUCAGAACAGUGGACACUGCCCUAUAGACAAUAUAAACCUGAGCAUGAAGGUAGAUAUCUUCCCAGACAACUACACUAAGAGGGAGAUACAAGAACAAAGGAUGUCCUGCCCAUUUGCUUCCAAAGGUAAAUUUAUUUCAUGCAAUGUGUAUGUAUUACACACUGGUGUCGAUUCCGGCUCUUUCGUUAUCGAAAAAAUGACAAAGGAUUUUGUUAUAGUUAGCCCAUGUGAUGUUAAAUUUUCAAACUACAAUUUAACGUUAUACGGACUCAAUAAUUUUCCAUUUGCCACAAUUAAUUGAUCAAGUAAUUGUGGGCAAAAUACGUACAUACGUGAUGCGUGCAUUGAGAAUUUUU